UAAAUAGCUGACUGAUCUUUCUUUCUCACAGAAUAAACGUGGAACGAUGGCUGUUGAAUUACUAGAGACUUUGAAAGAAGCUAUUACCACAUACACCGCACUUUCACCUAACACUUUCUUCACCGUCAUCGCCGCCGGUAUCGCCGUCUAUUAUGUCUUCUCCGUUUUAUUCGCCGCCAGAUCUACGAUGUUUCUCAAAGCAGAACCAGGUGAUGAAUCAGAGGUUGAGAGUUCUACACGGACUGAAAAGAAUUUACAAGAAAACGUACUACUUCCUAUACCUUCGGCGAGUGAAAAGAUUGAAUUUGAAGAGAUAUCAUCACCAAUCUCUUUAUCGGUGAAUGAAAUGCAGAUAGUUGACAAUUACAUGGCACCUUCGGAACAAACGUGCACGACCCUAUUACCUCUAGAAGUCACUGAACGACUGAUUGGCAUUGAAGAAUCUACACAAAAUCAUAAUGAGCCAAGUGAUCAAUCAGAUGCUCUAGAUGUUGAGAAUUCUACAGAGUGUGAAAAGAUUCCACAAAAAAACAUACUAUUACCUAAACCUUCGGCAAGGAAAUACAAGAGGACCCCAAUCAUUCUAUGUCAAGAUGCCAUUGAACAUCAAUAUGGGAAUACGAUGAAGAAGGCUGCGAAAAAUCUUAAUGUUUCAAUUUCUACCUUGAAACGCAAGUGCAAAGAUUUUGGUAUCUCUGAGUGGCAAGGACCUACUGCAGUCAAUAAAAAGGUUAAUGAUUCCAGUCUUCAAAGUGACACAGAUGAAGAAGAUGUUGGAGCUAUUCGAGAACCAGCAGGCAACAGAAACAUAGCACCUUCGGCGAGGAAAUACAAGACGGCUCCAAUCCUUUUAUCUCAGGAAGCCAUUGAACAACAAUACGGGAAUACUAUGCUAAAGGCUGCCAAAAAUCUCAAUGUUUCAAUUUCCACAUUGAAACGCAAGUGCAAAAAAGUUGGCAUCUCAGAGUGGCAAGGACCUAGUGCAGUAAAAAGAAAGGUCAACAAUUCUAGUAAUCAAAGUGACACGGAUGAAGAGGAUAUUGGAGCUUUACACGAACCCUCUGCAGUCAACAGAAACAAAGAUAACCUGACCAUAAAAGCAGAGUAUGCAGGUGACAUGAUCAAGUUCCAUCUUCACAUCAUUGAAGCAACAUUUGAAACUGUAAUGGAUGAAAUCAGUACUAGGUUUAAGUUGACUCCCGGGAGUUAUAAAGUCAAGUAUCUUGAUGAAGACAAGGACCGGAUAUUGUUAACUUCUGAACAAGACCUGAGUGAUUGUAUCAAAACUUCUAGAAGUUCAGAUCAAACUGCUGUUCGGUUGCAUGUGGAAUCUCUACAUGAUCAAUAUCCAGUCUAACAGAUUAACUCCUUUGACAGAUGCUGUACUUAGUUUGACAUAUAGGCAGCCAUUGUUUGUUCAGUCUAAUUUCUGUUGUAAAUCAAUACAUAGUUGGAGUCAGUUUUGAGUACCUGA